UCUGCUACGUCACCUCUGAGCUGGGAACCUCGUCCCACACGAUUUCCCUGGCCGUGCUCAGGGAGAGUGAAAUGGAGUCUCCCAUUGUAGCUCAGCUGGGGCAGGACGUCACCCUGAGCUGCCCCUUUGAAUUUGGAUUAAACGUCCAGCCGUUGAACAUCACCUGGAAGAAGGAAGAAGCCGAGGGGCCGGAUCUCCUGGUUCACAGCUAUUAUAACGGGAUGGACAAGUUGCAGAGACAAGAUGUCGCUUACAAGGGCAGAACACAGCUCCACCCGGAGAGAUUCCCGCAAGGAAAUGCGUCCCUGACGUUACGGAGAGUUCGCAGCCAGGAUGAGGGAUUCUACAUCUGCCAUGUCAAGCCGGAACUGGGACGGUUUUCUGCGCAGAUGCAAGUUACAGUGGAAGGCUUUGUGAGUAACCGGCCAUCACUAGAUGUGUACUAUGCCGUGUUUUCAGUUCCGUUAUUAAUUAUAGCGUUUAUUAUCAUUAACAAGCACCGUCGUUUCCUGCUGCGCAAAUUAAAGAGUUUUCAGUUUUGGUCCCAACGGAAACAGCAGGAGGGCGGAGACCAGCCUCUCAAACCGGUUUACAGCCAAUGA